GCUUACACUCAGUGCUUUACCCUUUCGCUGAAGCAGGCAGAGGUACGCUUGUGGUCUAUUUUCUCAUGACUAACAGCACUGAAAAUAAGACAUGAGACUAAAAUCACGGCUUUUGAUGGAAAACGCAUUUAACACUUAACAGAUUCCACGUCGACACCUCACAAAUGAGAAACAUAACGAGACACUGGUAACCAUCACCCACCAAUGUGAAGAUUAUGAAAGAUGUGAGAGCAUGGAGCUCGAUGACAAAAUCCGGGAUCUGAUAGCUGGCACCCCAGAGGCCACAUCCAGUCACAGAAAUGGCCACUCUCCAAAGACUCUCCGAAAAUCAGCUGGCUCAUCUUCCCAGGACAUGGCUGCACGGAGCGGGUCAGGAGCUUAUACAGAGCAUGCGCAGUGUGCUCCAUCAAGAAGACAGGACUUGACAAGUUCUCUUGAACAAAAGAUAAGGCACUUAGAAAAACAGAGGCAAGAGCUCCUGGAAGUCAAUCAACAAUGGGACCAACAAUUCCGAAAUAUGAAACAGUUAUAUGAAAGAAAGGUCCUGGAGCUGAAAACGAAACUGGCAGCCACAGAAGACAUGCACAUCCUAGAGAAGAAACAGAAACAAAGCGUGACAGAGGGCGACAGGCAGCUAGAGGAGAAGGAAAGCCUAAGGGAAGAGUUGCAAGCGCUGAAGAGGGAGAAUAAGCUGUUGAAGGAAAACAAUGCUCUCGAGAGUAGGAAGAAAGAACAUUAUGCAUGUGAAAUUAAACGACUCAACAAGGCUCUUCAGGAUGCCUUGACAAUUGGGAGCUCUUCUCUUUCUGAGGGCUCAAGGAAAUGUAAAGGCAGGUGCAGCCAUGCAGAGAUGAGGCCAAAGGUGGAAAGUCACAAGCAGCAGCCAGAGUAUCAGUGGAAUGUCCUUAACCAGCUUCCUCCACAUGUACAGCACAAGGCACAUGGUUUCUCCUCGGAAAGGAAAUUCAACCAAUAGAUGCACACGUUAGCAGAGAUGAGCGAUGGGCUCUCAGCUGUGGCCACUUUGCUUCUGCAGGACAGCUAUGCAUGUUCUUCUCUGAGCAUGGUCCCUGGUUAUCUUCCCUGUGGCCCGAAUACAGGAAAAAUCAGGACCACUGAGACACGAGAGAGCCGAGAGACAACUCCAUAACCAAGUCCCGAUUCUCUCCACAAAUGAGACAGGGCAGCUGAUUGCAUUACAUGCUGUUCCUCAAAACUCUCUUCAACUAACUGCUGAUGGGUUUUCAAAGAUGAUUCCAGGACUUACAUGACUCCAGCUAUGGUGCUGUGACAUUAUAUGCUGAUUGAGAAUGUACAGAUAUUAAGCCAGGCAAGGUGGCACAUUCCUGUAAUUCCAUGGGAAAGUGGAGGUAGGAGGAUUGCAAUGAGUUCGAGAUCAGCCUGGGUUGCAACACAAGUGCCAGAUCAGCCAAUUUUUCAUCUCAAAAAAUUAAUAAUACACGAUAUAGUCUUUGAGAGAAAGCCUUCUUCCAUAAUGGCUAACUUAGUUCUUCAUCGAUUUGACAGUUAAGCUAUUAAUAAGUAAUAAGUUCAUUAUUACUGAACUUGAAACUAAAUGAAUUUGAAUAGACAAUCAAAAGGCCUAUAGACUCCCCUGAUUAAAGGAGUGACUCAAACUGAAUAAAAUGAUAAACAUGAAACUGUCCUUCCAAUGGAUCACUUUAAAAAUU